CCCAACUUCCUUGUUGCUUCUGCUCGCAAACUCCCCGCAUCUCGGAAACAGUUAUGAGAAGCUUCCUCCUUUCUCGCGGCACUUCCGCUCUUCCUCGCUUGACGUCCGCAACAGCAAUGGCCCCUCUUCAGCCUUACCGCGCCAUCAACCUCGCCACCAGUCCUGUUAGCAGCAGUCGCGGGAUGGCCACCGCUGCGAGUGGCAGUGGAGGCAAGAUCGUGGUCAAGAACCCGGUCGUCGAACUCGACGGUGAUGAAAUGACGCGCAUUCUUUGGGCUUGGAUUAAGGAGAAACUGGUUCUCCCGUAUGUUGACGUGCCCAUCAAGUACUUCGACUUGGGGAUGGAGUACCGUGACAAAACGGAUGACAAGGUCACCAUCGAGGCCGCUGAGGCCAUCAAAAAGUACAACGUCGGCAUCAAAUGUGCCACCAUCACCCCCGAUGAAGCCAGAGUAGAGGAGUUCAAGCUGAAGAAGAUGUGGAAAUCGCCGAAUGGAACGAUCAGGAACAUCCUGGAUGGUACUGUCUUCAGGGAACCCAUUUUACUGAAGAACGUGCCUCGUCUCGUUUCGGGGUGGACACAUCCCAUCAUUAUUGGUCGUCACGCUUUCGGUGAUCAGUACCGGUCAACAGAUUUCAUUGCCGACGGACCAGGCACGUUCGAGAUGACGUUCAAACCAGCGAACGGCGGACCAACAAAAUCUUUCACCGUCUACGAGUUCAAGGGAAGGGGAGUAGGGAUGGGCAUGUACAACACAGACGACUCCAUCCGCGGGUUCGCGCAAUCAUGCUUCCAAAUGGCUGUGCAGCGCAAGAUGCCAUUGUACCUUUCCACCAAAAAUACCAUUCUGAAAGUGUACGACGGCCGCUUCAAGGACAUCUUCCAAGAAAUCUACGAGAAGGAGUACAUUGACAAGUUCAGGCAGCUGGGUAUCUGGUACGAGCACCGUCUGAUCGAUGACCAAGUCGCCCAGGCUCUGAAGAACAGCGGAAACUUCAUCUGGGCCUGCAAGAACUACGACGGUGACGUGCAGUCCGACACGCUAGCCCAAGGGUUCGGCUCCCUCGGUCUCAUGACAUCGGUGCUGCUGACCCCUGACGGAAAGACCAUGGAGGCCGAAGCCGCUCACGGCACGGUCACCCGUCACUACCGUGAACACCAGAAGGGCAAGGAGACGAGCACCAACUCCAUCGCUAGUAUCUUUGCGUGGAGUCGGGGACUGGCGCACCGUGCCAAGCUGGAUGGGAACGACGCGUUGAAGAAGUACUGCGAUGCUCUGGAACAGGCGUGUAUUGACACCGUGGAGAAGGAUGAGAUUAUGACGAAGGAUUUGGCUUUGACUAUCCAUGGGAAAGGAUUGAAGCGCGAACACUACGUUACCUCCCGAGAGUUCAUCGACCACGUCGCCAAGCGUCUCGACGCAUCCAUCCACAAACCAACCGCUAAGUUGUAGAAAGCGCUCCACACUUCCUGUAUGCAGUAUCGCACCAGCAAUAGAAUAUCAAUAUUCCUCACAACCAUACACUUUCGAAGCGCACCUCUCUCAUAUUCACAUAUAAAUAUAUACAGCGGUUGACCCGCAAGAAAGACAAAGACUGGGGGAGAAGGACCCGCAAGAAAGACAAAGACUGGGGGAGAAGG